AUGGCUCUAUCCACAACACAAUCUGUGAUUGUCUUUGGCUUGAUUGGUCUUCUGGUUGUGGCGCUUGCCACCCUCUUCUUCGUGCUCUGGAAACGGCGCAGAAACGCCUCCUCUCUCGAAAAUGGGUAUUCCCCAACGCAAAUAUCCCUCCACAAGCUCGUCAAACAGCCGAAACCAACUGGGGAUUCUGAUACUGAAGGCUUGUUAUCCCGGACGACUACGAACUCUGGCUUGAACCUGGACAGGAGAAGCCUACACGAUGAAAUAGUGUCGAUGCUUCCAGAACUCGAACUCUCGGACGAUUCCCAGCUUAUGUUCGACAUGCGCGAGGCACAGGGCAUGAUGCUGGAACUCAACCGUUUGACGACGCACCCAGGGCCUCUACGACCUGAAGACCAAGCUCGAAUCACAUACCUGCGAUUGAAGCUUUCCCAACUUUCCCCGGAACUACAGGCCUUUGUAAACGGGACGGAUUUAAAGGACGGGGUGCGGAGUAGCCCAGCCAUGGAGCGGCCAACUCCUUCCUCAUGA